CGAGAAUUACUGGGGCCGACGCCGCCUGUGGCCGAUGUAUGCUCUAUUAUCGAUGAGGCAGCUGAAUACGCCGUGCUGAUAGCCGAGGAAGCCAUGUGGAACUCGGCUGUGCAUUAUCCCCUUAUGCAGCUGGCAUUAUAUGGCGAACGACGGCAGAGGUCGACAUGGCGGCAACCACAGUGUCCACGCGAAGGCGGCCUCCCCGCAGUCUCCAUCAGGGUUGCACAGUGCACGACCGCACGCAUUACCCGUGAGUACCUGCCUGCAGUCGAAACGUCGGGCAAGCAAGUCGACUUCUGCUUCUAUAUGCAGAUAGAUGCAGCUACACAGCAGCGCAUCGAUGCCAUGCACGCUUCGCUGCCGCUGCGGUCUAUCAAUCACACAGGCCUCGAGGGCCUUCUCGGUCGCCCUAUUGCCCUCAGCUGCGAAUCUAAGAAG